CGACAAUUUGCGGGCGCCAAGCGAGCUCGCACGCAGCAAACGGCUGGAUCCGACGCCGUCGCCGCUGUCAGCCAUCACCGUUUGCAACAGUGCGCUACGAAUUUUGGAGGUAUACGCAGCGGUAGACAGCUGCGCAUCCGCUCCUCCUGAGACCGCUAAACGCAGCCAUGUCCACCCUCGUCGAGCAGACCAAAGCCCGCAAGGACUACCACGCGAAAUGGGACGCCAUCGCGAAGGAAGAAGUCCAACGGGUCGAGGACGAGGACGCCCUGGACAAGCAGGCGUCCUCCCUCUCUCUGGGCACCGACAGCGGCCCGAAGUCCGAGGCCGAGGCGCAGGACAAGGCAACCAACAAGGCAUUAAGAGAAGCGAAGGCCCUCUGGGAGAAGCGGCGGGACGAGGAGACGAAGCAGAAGCUCAUCAUUAAGGGCGAGACGAAGACGGUCGUAGUGGACCCGAAGCUACUCGGCGAUGCGUUGGUCGUCGACAUCCAAGAAUGCAAGAAAGCGGUCGUCACGUUAAUUCCAGGCUUGAAAGUCGCCAAGGUCUUCGUGAGCCAGUGCGAGGACGUGGUGGUGGAGGUGCGGUGCCCCCUCAUCACGUCAUUUGUGGAAGUCAGUCGGUGCACGAAGACGACGCUCAUCACCUCCAAAGUGUUACACACGGUGCAGUGCGACUUAUGUGACGACUGUUCUAUCAUAUGGGCCACUAUCGAGUGUUUCAACGAAGCGCAGGAUCCCGGGUCGCGGGUCUACUCCGCGGCGUGCCGGCGGCUCGGUGUCGCUGUUGGCGGGCGCCAGGACUCGCUUCGCGUCGAGGUGGACAACUUCGACCGCUCUCUUUGCGACAAAGACACGCCGAUCAAGGAGCAGCAGUUCGUCACGCAGCUGGUCGACGGGAAGUUACUCACGGAACGCAUCGUGCAAGGGACGUCCAAGCGAUUGGUCGGGACUACUUUGAGGGAGCUGGAGCGGGAGGGGGCGUCAGCAACAACGGUCGCCGAGGAGCAGGCCGCCGACGCGGAGCGCGAGAAGCUCGCGGGCAACCAGGCGUUCCAGAAGAGGGAAUAUGGGCAGGCCGCGGUGCACUACACGGUCGCGCUCGAGCGGCCGGCCUUCGCUUCUGGAAGACCGCGGGCCGUGGUGCUCGCGAACCGGUCGGCGUGCUUCCUGAAGCUGGGCGACCACGGCCGCGCGUUGGAGGACGCGGCGGCGGCGGCCGGCUUCGACGAUACGUAUGCCAAGGCCCACUUCCGGCGCGGCCUGGCGCUGCACGCGCUGGGGAGGUAUCGCGAGGCGCUGCCCGAGCUCGGGAAGGCCCGCGACCUCGAACCGAAGAACGCGCAGGUCGCGGACGCGAUACGGUUCGCGGAGAUGCGCCUGAGCCGGGGGGCGUAA